GACGGGUCCAGCUGCGCCGGGACCCUUGCCGGGAAAGUGAAAGCUUCUUGGAGGAGAGGCGGGGUGAAGUGGCUCACCCGCGUCACCGACCCGGUGGAGUGACCUGGGGCAGGCGGGCAUCCCCGAACCGAACUGCAUCAGCCGUGUGGCCCCUGCCCGCCUGCCCCGCCUCGCUCUGCAGCCUAAGUUUUCUUUCGCUUUCUUCGGACAUUCCAGACCUCCCCCUCGAAGAAGGCUCUGGGCCCGGCGUGGGAGAAGGGGCUCCGCCUCCAGGGGUUUCCCCGCCGCGGGAGGCGGGCAGGGGCGCGGGGGCCGCAGUACUGGCCGCGCUGUCUGUUCCAGACGGCGCAGCGCCGGGACGGAGGCACCGCCACCUCGCGCCUCCUCUUCGGCCGAGACUCGGCGCCUGCGGCCGCCGUCUCCCCCAGCAUCUCCAGCGGAGCAGGGAGCGAAGCGAAAGCCCAAGAGAAAUCAGCUGGACGUCCUGCUCCGGGGCCUGUCUGGGAGUCAGACAGGGAAAGGCGGCCCCGAGAUGAGGCGGAGCUGGGGACCCCUGCCCCUCGAGCUCCUACUUCUGCUCGUCUUGCUGACUCGGCGAGGCGAUGGCAACGAGGGCAGCGUCGCUGGAAGUUGUCGCUGUGAUAAAGUAUUUUCUUCCAACUCCCCUCCACCGGUUCAGUUCACGGAACAUUUCCGGAAGCAAGUGCGAUUCUAUCAACGCUGUCCUUCCUACGUCAGGUUCCACCUACGUUUGCGGAGUGUGUGCGGGGGCAGCAAAGACCAGUGGGUUCGUGAAUUGAUGAACUGUUUUGAUCGCAAAGAUUGUGGAUAUGGUAACCUUGGGAGUGUGGCCCGCCAGGAGCAUUUACCUCCCCCCAGCACCCAGGUUCCUGGGCCUACAGAAAGGGCACCUUCAGACAUGGUCACCCCUGCCCAGACGUACCUGCCGUCCACCCAGCAGCCCACCCAGCAGCCCACCUGUCCCACAGGAGCACUGUCCUUGGACAAAAAGCUCACUCACACCAGCGAAACCACCACUUCCGCUUCGGGCCACAGUCUGGUGUCUGGGCCUGUGGCUGGGGAGAACCAGAAGCAGCUGAAGGAAAAUGUGGGUUCUGCGACUGGGACGUCAGUCACAGUGGCAGUGCCAUCCCUCUUGGCCAUCGUCUUCUGCCUCACCGGAGUCCUCCUCUAUGUGCUGUGUAAGAGGCGGAGGGAGCAGUCACUGCAGUACUCUCCAGAUUUGCAACUUCAUUAUACACCUAUGGCACCAGACUCCGAGGCUUGAGCUAAGAAUGGAAGCUUGUGAGGGAAGAAAUGGUGAUUUAUUCAGUACCACAUGCUUUUAAUACACUAUGAAGUCUCUGGCACAUGGUAGGCACUCUGUAUGUGUUAAUGUUUAAUACAUGAUUAACCAGCUAUUGCCCUCUCUUAGACCUUACCUGUUUUUUUUUCUGUGCUAUAAUGUAAAAUCAUCUUUUACACUGGGUAAUAUCUUGCACAAAUUUUAUGUUUUUUAACUACUAAAAAUUAUUUUUGUAAUUAUUGACUCUUCUUUCUGCAUACAUUGGCCUGAUGCCCUUGCCCCCUUACCAUGAUUCCUGGCUUCAGCCUCUCUGCUGAUGGUCCCCCCUUGUCCCAACUCUCGCUUCAUACUACACUAGCUGUUCCUCCUCACAUUCAGGCCUCUCCUCCUUCCUCUCCCAACCCCACAGUGAAGCCCGAGGCUUUCCCACCCUCCCUCCUCAGCAGACGCCAUAUAGGCUGGUUUUACUUCCUCAAUCCCUUGCAUCACCCAUAUAUGCCCCAGUGAGACUCUGAGCUCCUUGUUUUUAUUGUUAUGUUUUUAUUAUUAAAAUCCUUAGUUCUUGUUUUGUCUUUUCUGA